AUGAAAGUGUAUGCUUUAUUACUCUUUGUGGUGGUGGCGUGUGCGCUGGAGCAAGUGAUAGAAGAAUCACCAUUGGAGAAUGAAUCAGUUACUAGUAGUGGCCAUCGACCUCCUUUCAAGAACUGUUUGAUCCAUUAUGAGUGUAAGCAUUACAAAUGGUUCUGCUAUCGAUCAGAACACGCCUUCUGCAUCGGUGGCACGUGCAAGUGUCUGCCGAGGUACCACUUUGGCUACCGACACCGAUACCGUAUGUACCAAGACUAA